AUGUUCAUGUCGAAAGUUGUGUUGUCGGGUGGGAGGGGGUCGGCGUUCGGAGGCAGCUCCGGAGCACCGGAUUUCCCAAAGAACGACCAUGUCCAUUUCAUGCAGCAACAUACCUUACCAACACCGCCUGCCCUCCACAUUGUCUACUCAUUGACCUGCCCCACCACCCACGAAACCACGAUUCUGCACCUCUACCACACUUCCGCCGUCGACAGCUCUAUCAUCGCAUGCUUCCAGGGAGACGCCUUCCAACCACGAAACAACCAGACGCAGAAUGGACCCAAAGAUGCACCACCCGUGCGCUACGAGCCGGACGCAUACACCGUUGCGGUUCGCCCCGGCAUUCGAAGCUCGAGGUUGGACCGGCAUCCAAGGCUGAGGGUGAGCGGUACGCACUUCGCCAUCUUCUUUGAGCUCGGCAGCUACCGUGAAGGCACAUCCCAAAAUGUUGGAUGA